CACGGAACAUGAACAGCACUACUCUGCGCUCGCAUUUUCCUUCUUCACCCGAUCAAGAAACUCUCGUACGCAAAAACUCGUAUAAAAUGCCUCGCACAGCGACACGAAAAAAUCCCAGGAAAAGCACCUGAUCGAUCAGCUACCAAAAUGCCUCGUCGUCGCUUCCCCUUGGCGGGCACGGUCACCGCCGCGGCGCUCCUCCAGCUCGCCGUCGUCGUGCUGGCCAGCGCGACCGCGACCGCGGACGCCAAGACGACGAGCCUGGCUUCGAGCUUCCUGGAGCCGCACAACGCGGCGCGGCGCGCGGUGGGCGUGCCCGCGCUGCGGUGGGACGAGGGCCUGGCGGCGUACGCGCGCUGGUACGCGGCGGCGCGUGCCGGCGACUGCGCGCUGGCGCACUCGCACGGGUCCUACGGGGAGAACCUGUUCCGCGGGAGCGGCGGCGCCGGGUGGAGCCCCGCGGCCGUGGUGGGCGCCUGGGUCCGGGAGAGCGCGCUCUACAACCGGGCCUCCAACUCGUGCCGCGGCGGCAGCGGCGCGUGCGGCCACUACACCCAGAUCGUGUGGCGCGGUACCAAGGCCGUCGGGUGCGCGAUGGCGCCCUGCGCCGGGGCGAGGGGACGCUUCACGUUCGCCGUGUGCAGCUACAGCCCGCCCGGCAACUACGUGGGGAUGAGGCCCUACUGACAAGCAAGUCGUGCAUGCCACAUGUUGAUUACUUGCACCCAUCCAUUUCUCUCUCUCUCUUUUUUUUACCUUAAUUAUAUUUCACGUCAGAACUUUUUACGGGGAUAAUAAUGUACAUCCCCUCGUUUUGUUACUGUUCCAUCAUUCUUUUCAAAUUUGUUUGGAACUUUGGAUAUAUAAUGGACAUGGAUGAAAUAAAAAGGCGGUUUAAAAAUUAUGAAUAA